GCUUUUCGGAUCCGUUCUGUUUUGUUAAGAAGAGACUGUGCCGCAGCGGCUCGCGCUUGUUUCGUAGGACCUACACAUCCAUCCUUUUGCUCUCACCAUUUCAUCAGUUGUUGGCGGCUAAUUCCAGUAAUGGCUAAUACUAUUCAUUCCUUUGGAGCGGGGAGCUUGCGUUCUUUUUUCUUGUUAUUUUUGAUCCACGCAACCUUGAUCGGCGCCUCACCCACGCCCAGCAACGUCCUCACCGAGCGAGCCAAAAUAAAGGUCCCCGAAUUUGAAAACAACUACGAAGGCCGUGUGAAAAAGGGCCAAUAUCUCAUGGACCUGUUCCCUCUAAGCGAUGAGGAGGCGGCAAAGAAGAACGAUGGAGUUUCCGUCGCCAGCCCCUUCCAGAACCCAGUUGCCGUGACCCGGAACGGUUGGAGAAAAUACAUCUUUUGGUACCCCUUCGACCAUGAGAAUGCACUCGCUCCUACCUAUCGCGACGUUCUUGACAAAGCCUUCGAGGAUGAGGAUCUUCCAGUAAAGAAGACGGAAUCCGCUUUGUACUACUACUGGCACAACGAAGACUUCAUUAAAGAUGGUGACUUUAGAAAACCUACGAGAGGUUUUUACGCGAACGUGGUGGUUCCAGCCUCCGGGGCCUUCAUUUUCGACCAAAACAAGAGUCCUACGUAUAGGAAGGGCGAACUUGGAAAAGGGGUUGUUCCGGACUUGGACACGCUUUCCGAUAUUGCCUACUUCCAGUGGCGAGACGGCUGUGAGGCGAAAAAGCUUGACCCAAAAGGCCUCAAAGUCAUCUUCCGAUCUCACAUUACCCACCAGGGAACAUACGACAUUGUUGUAAAGGCUUUGAAAGACAAGGAAUAUGAACGUGUUCCAGGCUGGGACAAGAAGGCGGUGUUUUCGAUGGACAGCCGGGAGGGCCAAGCUAUUCUUGGGACUGUUCACGGCAGCGGGACAGCCUGGAUGCUCAUCCAGCAUAAGGAGACGCUCGGGUUGAAAAAGAUAACCGAAGUCGCAGUUUUUGGUCAUUACAACGGCUUCGACUUCAACAACGACCCGGCCAAAGAAUUUGCGAAUUUGAAUCUGAGGUUUACCAUCAAGGACGUUUAG